GCAUUAAUAUUAGAUCAGUAUCACUCUCACCUGCUCCUUUCAGAUCUGACUGGGGCGCUCUAUUAGUAUUUGUUGUUGUUUCUUCUUCUUCUUUUUUGUGCUUUUCUUCUCAAGGAUGGCUGCUGCUAAUACAUCCCGCCUUCUUCAGUAUCCCUUCCAUGAACAUGCCCUGGUCCUGCAAGAGCUGAGCAAAAAUUUCAGCUGGGAAUGCAACAUCUGUAGUUUCUCCGUGAAAGGCGCUCCGGCCUACCAUUGCAUAGACUGUGAGUUCUUCCUCCACAAGUCGUGCGCUGAGUUGCCUCCCGAGAUUCAACAUCCCUCUCAUCCACAGCACCCGCUUGUAUUCUCUACAUCAAGCCGGAGAUUUAAUCCUUUUGGCUGUUAUGGGUGUCCUAACGCGCUACAUGGGAAUUCCUAUCAAUGUAUAUAUGACUGUAUGAUAGACUUUCAUGCGAGAUGUGCAGCUGCAACUCUCCCUCCUCCUGAAGAAGAAGAGCAUAAGGACCAGCAAAAGCACGAGGACAAGGACCACCACAAGGAGGAGAUGAUUGAGCACUUUGCUCACGACCAUCCUCUUGCAUCCUUCCACGUGGAUGCGCCAAAUUCUAUCAAAUGCAAGGCAUGCAGACGGCGGAUCUCCAGUCGCGUUUAUGGUUGCCGUGCCUGCAUAUUCGUGCUGCACGAAUCUUGCGCUCUGGCACCCCGAGAGAUAAUGAAUCAUCCUUUCCAUCCACAGCACCCGCUUACCUUGCUUGUCAAUUCCAAGACUCUCUUUCAAUGCAGAGUUUGCAAAAUGUUCCGUGAUUUUGCAUACAACUGUAAUGAAUGUGAUUUCAAUCUUGAUAUUGAAUGUGCUGUUUCCAUUGUGCAUCCUCCUCAAGAUGAUCCGAUCUUUAAGGAGGAUAGGCGAGAGAUCAAUCAUUUUUCUCACCCCCACCAACUGACAUCUUUUCAUGCAAAACCGGAGUUUCUUGCCACCUGCAGACUUUGCAAAGAGGAGAUAUCGGGGGAUUUUUACUGUUGCCCCGACUGCCCUUUCUUGCUCCACUUAUCGUGUGCGGAGUUGACACAAGAGAUUGUGCACCCUCUUCAUCCGGACCACCCUCUGGUUUGCCAACCGGGUUAUCUUGAUUGCUCUUUCUGCUCUGGUUAUGGGCAUGACUUCGGAUUCAAGUGUGAAGAGUGUCGCUUUGGCCUUCAUGUGGGAUGUUCUCUCAAAACUCUCUCUGCUACGAAAGAGGAAUUAACUCUUAACAGUGAGCUUCUCCAUAAACACCCCCUGAGGCUUCAGUUUCUAACUGAGGGACGACAUUGUAAAUCAGGCUUUAUGGUCUGCUGCGAGUGCCCUGCUGAAGGUCUGGUUUACGUCUGUACAGAUGAUAACUGCGGCAUGAUGAUCCACAAAACAUGUGCUGAGCUACCACAUGAGUCGGAAAACCCUAUUCACCCACAGCAUCCUAUCCUCCUCCUUUCGGAGCCACUCGACAAGUCCAAUCCUUGCUUUGCAUGUCUGGAAAGCUCUGGGGGAUUCACCUAUUACUGUGAUUAUUGUAAGAUCCAGUUCCAUGCACAUUGUGCUAUUGAGAGGCCGACUCUGAAACAUCCGCGUCACCAGCACAACCUAACCUAUUUCAAAAUCAUAGGCCACAAGCCAUACAGUGUGCAAUGCAAUGUGUGUUAUGAUGAUUGCAGGAUUGACUUCUACCGCUGUGUUCCGUGCAACUAUAAUCUUCACUUCAGUUGCUUGCCUCUGCCCCCUUCUACUAAACACGAAUUUCAUUACCAUCAGCUGAUGCUUCGCGAUAGAGUUGUUGAUGAAUUUUAUGAUUAUGAGGAGCAAUACUGCGACGUGUGCGAGACGCUCAGGCACCCAGAACAUGGUGUUUAUUAUUGCGAGGCAUGUAAUUAUGAUGCUCAUAUCGAUUGCGUCAUCCCCAAGGGAAAGGAACAGUGAUUGGAAAAACCUGAAGAAGGACAAAGAAGCCAUUCCUAGUCCCAGACCUUUGUUUGGAAAUUAAGAAAAUUGUUUCACAAAUUCAUAGUAUAUUGCCUAAGAACUAUAUUUCUUUUUUGAGUUAAUAAUAUGAGACAACUAAAUAUAAAUGAUUCCCAGCUCCAUGAGGAUCCCCAGAAAAGUAGACAAAGGGAAGACCUUAUGCUCGAGCAACUGGAUGGUCAAAUUUCCAGUAAAGAAGCGGAGGCGGGGGCAUUGAAGAAAAAAUCAGAAAUGGUAAUGAAAGAUCUGGAGGAACUUGAGAAAAAGAAGCAAGAGAUAUUAAGCUCGCGGGCACAACGGGAAGCAGAGUCGAACAGGCCACGAACAUGAAGUCUCGUACUGCUUUCUCUUGGCGUAUUUCUCAUGCUAAUAGGUAUCUCAUGCAUCCAUUGGUCAAAGUAGAUCAUGUUCACGUCUGUUAACAGUAGAUUUUUUGUUGCACUUGUCUUCUGAUUAUGGCCUGAAGUUACUUUUUAAUUGCUAAAUUGUUGAAAACGAAGUGUUCAAGUCCUGAAAAGACAAUUGUGUGA